AUGCAUAAAGAACUUGGACCAAGCGACAAUGAACAGGAGGGACGAAAAAAUGAAGAAAAAUCAGAAAAAGUUAUAAUUAGAUUAAAAAGAAAAAUUGACGAUGCAGCUAUACCAUCAAUUUAUAUACAAAAAUCAAAUAAGAGAAUAUGUAAUGGAUUGUUUUAUAAACAUGUUGAUACCGUAAUGCCAGAUGUAGACAUAAAUAAGGAAAAUGAAGAAUGUAUUAAUAUUUUUUUAAAACAUGAAGAAUAUAAUUCGAGUAAUAAUAAUUUAUCAUAUGCUGAGAAAAAGAGAAAAUUUCAUUCAUUAAAAAGUUAUGAAAAAGACUUUAAAGAAGUUAUAAAUAAUUUAAAAAAAUAUAAAAUUGUAAAUGAGAAUGUUCAAUAUGUUGAUUUUGAGGGACAAGAAAAGGAAAUAUACAAAAUAAUCGAUGUAAAUUUGUUAAAUGAUAAUUCAGAUAAUAAAACUCGAAAUAAUUCAAUUCAUGAUAAAUAUAUAAAAACGAAAGAUAAAAAAUAUAAUGAAGAAGGUUUAAAAAAUUUACAAAAUUAUGAGUACGAUCUAUAUAUUCUGGAUGAUCAAAAAUUAGAUAUAAAUUAUUAUAUGGAUUAUUUUUAUGAUAUAAAAAAUAAUAAUGUUGAUACUUCAGAUGUUAUUGUGCUGGAGGAUGCUUAUGGAAAUCAUUCAAAUGAAUAUGAACAAAAUUCUUUUCUUUCAUCUAUUUCAGAUGCAGAUACGAUAAAAGAAAUGUCAGAUUAUCCUGAUGAAAAUUCAAACAAUAGUAUUGGCUUUACUGAUAAUACUAAUAAUGAUAUCGACGAAAUACUAAGUAAUAACCGUUACUAUAACGAUGAUAUAAAUGACCAUAUAGAAAAUAGUAUAGAGAAUAGUAUAGCUGAUUUGUCUAACAACAAAAGUAACAAUGACUAUUUUGACAAUGAGGUAUAUAUAGACUAUUCAUAUAACGAGGGAAAUGAAAUUUAUGGUGAUGAUGAAAUGAAUGGGUUUGAUGAGGAAGAUAUAUAUUAUGAUAAUUUUAAAGAAGAAUUUGCCAGUGAUAAAAAUGGAAAUGAUAGUAAAGAUCCAAUUUUUUGUAAUAAUAGUAAAGAAAAUUAUUGUAGUUUUGAAAAUUUUUCAUCGAGAGAAAAUGGGUAUAAUGAAAAAAAAAAAAAAAAAAAAAUUAGUAGCGAAAAUAUUCAAAAAGUUAAUUCAUUAAUAUUUGAAGACAAUAUAAAAGAUGAGCUGGAAAAACGAUUAAAAAAUAUAAACAAAAAUUUAUUUAAUGUAACUCUAUCUGAUAGGUUAAAAAUUUUAGAGCAAAUGGAAAAUGAAUAUUACUGUAAAUAA